GAGAAGUGUGUGUAAAGUACAAGAGAAAGAGAAAAUCCUUUCAAGAUGGCAAUUGUCAAUUUCUGGUUAACCCUUGUUCUUCUCUACCUAAUACACAUCACAGGAGGAGUUGACUGCACAUGUGUGACAGACAAAACUCUGGAUGGAAACCUGAUGAAACACCCUAAUGAGCCAGCAGUGUACCAAAUUAUAGAUGGGUGUAGGCGCUGGGUGCCCAAUCCUCCCACUUACAACAAUCUCUACAAAACUUGGAGUUGCAUUAAAUCAAAUAUUUUAAUAAAAUACGUGUGUAACUGUGAUCCACUUUCCAAUGGUGCAGAACUUGUUAAGGGAAGUGGACCAGCUGUAUAUCUACUGAGUAAUGGAGUCAAAAGACAUAUUGCUAACCCUGAAACCUUCAAUAGCUUCUGCUUCGACUGGAACAAAAUCAAGACUUAUUCAGAUAUUGUCAUCAGAAAUGACACGUCAUGCGACCUGUUAACCCUUUAUAUAUUAGCG